AGGCUGCUAGUUACCAUGAAGAAUCUUCUUCAGUACGCUGCCUGCUUCUUGGCCCUUUUCUCCACUGGGUUUUUGAUCUUGGCUACCUGGACGGACUGUUGGAUGGUGAACGCCGAUGACUCUCUGGAGGUGAGCACUAAAUGCAGAGGCCUGUGGUGGGAGUGUGUCACAAACGCUUUUGAUGGGAUUCGAACCUGUGAUGAGUAUGACUCCAUAUAUGCAGAACAUCCCUUGAAGCUGGUGGUGACACGAGCACUGAUGAUCACAGCUGACAUUCUAGCUGGCUUUGGAUUCAUCACGCUUCUCCUUGGUCUUGACUGUGUGAAGUUCCUACCCGAUGAGCCACACAUUAAAGUCCGCCUCUGCUUUGUUGCAGGGACCACGUUACUCAUUGCAGGUACCCCAGGAAUCAUUGGUUCUGUGUGGUAUGCUGUGGAUGUUUAUGUCGAACGCUCCUCUCUGAUUUUACACAAUAUAUUUCUCGGAAUCCAAUAUAAAUUUGGUUGGUCCUGCUGGCUUGGAAUGUCUGGGUCUUUGGGUUGCUUUUUGUCAGGAGCACUCCUCACCUGCUGUUUGUACCUCUUCAAAGAUAUUGGGCCUGAGAGGAACUACCCUUAUGCCAUGAGGAAGCCCUAUUCAACUGCAGGUGUAUCCAUGGCCAAGUCCUACAAGGCCCCUCGGACAGAGACAGCCAAAAUGUAUGCUGUAGACACCAGAGUAUAA